UCUCUAUCCCUCAUGAAUGUAAUCAUUCGGAAUUCAUAUCUGCGACGAAUUACCCUUCAAUUCUUCUGUAGAUUCUCUCUCUAGAUUUUCAGAUAUACAUCUGUAUGUGAUUACGAAUUCACACACUGGCAUGUGUGGUUCCAUUGAAGGGAUUGUGGAACUCUAGGAUGCUGAGCUCUUGAGAUUUAGCAAACAAGUGUAGAUAUAUAUAUUGAUAUACGUAUAGUCUGGAGCAUUUUUGGUGUGGUUGAGGGGAUUGAUACAAUGCGAUUGUUUCCGAUUUCUACGAGCUCAGAUAGUUCACCCAGGGAGCAGAAAAUCUCGGAUAAAAGUCAUGCGCCACUUUACCUAAAUGUAUAUGAUCUCACUCCUAUAAACAACUACCUUUAUUGGGUUGGAUGCGGGGUUUUUCAUUCCGGCAUAGAAGCGCAUGGCCUGGAAUAUGGAUUUGGAGCUCAUGAGUACCCAACAAGUGGAGUGUUUGAGGUUGAACCCAGAGGUUGCCCUGGUUUUCUCUUUAGACGUGCAAUCCAUUUGGGAAGCACUGACAUGUCUCGUUCAGAAUUUAGGUCAUUUAUGGAACAUCUCUCCAAUGACUAUCAUGGUGAUACAUACAAUCUAAUUUCUAAGAAUUGCAAUCAUUUCACUGAUGAAGUUUGUCAGCGACUCACUGGAAAAUCUAUACCUGGGUGGGUUAAUCGAUUGGCGCGGAUGGGCUCUUUCUGCAACUGUCUGCUGCCUGAAAGUAUCCAGGCUACUCAAGUGGCAAAUCUUCCUGAUGUUGAAAUGUGUUCAGAAGAUGGUGGCGACAAUGGUGCAGCAUAUGCAACAGGAGAAAGCGAAGAGGAGGAAAUAGACCACCAUCUUAUUACCACAGCAAGCAGUGAGAUAGCAUUUUUGAAAGACAAACCAGUGAGGCUAGCAAAAGAUAUUCUUUGAUUCUGAUUUGAUUUCUCUGGCCCUGCAUUUUCUUAGUUGUCUUGUUUGUACAAUUAGUGUGUAAAUCUCCAUUGUAUUUUGUUAUACAUGAUAAUGUCAAAACAACUUUUUUGUUGUGUGUGCCUGUUAUUUGCGCGAUAGCCAGAAAGAAGCUUGGCUAUCUGUCGUUGAGAAUGUAUAGGUUAUGGCCACUUUGGACUGGAGAUUCCGUCUUCUUGCCUAUGAUUUUGAUGUGGUCUAUUACUUUGUAUUUCUACUAGAAAGAGAGGAAAUGCAACUAUUUCUCUGAAUGACAAAGGGCCCUUCUAUUUUACGCA